GCCUUCAUUAUUCGUCAGUCGAUGUUUGUUUACGAUAGAGUGCGAUUAUUAUUUAGUUAGUAGGCUCUGACUCAACGUGACCACCUUGCUGGAAAGUUAUCGAUUGAUAACAUUUGUUAGUUUGUUUACUAACGUUUUUGAGAGUGGUUAUUCAACUUAAGUAAUUAAGUGUCUGGAAACGUUAAGUAUGGUUCAAGUGGAUUUGAUAACGGUCCUAGCCGUCGGGACCAUCGCCCUGCUGAUCUACUACUACAUCUCCAAGAAGUAUCAAUACUUUCUGUCCAAGCCGAUACCGUGCCUGAGGCCGACCUUCCUGCUGGGCAGCACCGGACCGAUGAUGUUUCGCCGGGCCGAUUUUGCAUCGCACAUUCGCAAGCUGUACGGUGCAUUUCCCGAAUCCAAAGUAAUCGGUUUCUACGAUUUCACCAGGCCAAUCAUUAUGUUGCGCGAUCCAGAGACCAUCAAACGAGUGGUCGUUAAAGAUUUCGACUACUUCCUGGAUCACACGCCACUGGUGCCUACCGAACAGGACAAUCGGGACAGUUUCUUCAUGAACUCGCUGUUCUUCCUGCGCGGCCAAAAGUGGCGGGACAUGCGAUCGACGCUGAGUCCGGCCUUCACCGGGGCCAAGAUGCGGCACAUGUUUGGUUUGGUCGCCGAAUGCGGUCGAUCGAUGACGGAGUUUCUGCGUCACGAAGUCGCCCAGCAGGAUGGAAAACGGCUGGAGCUGGAGAUGAAGGAUGUUUUUUCGCGAUUCGGAGUCGAUUGCAUUGCCAGUGUUGCCUUCGGGUUUCAGGUGGAUUCAUUGCGACAGCCGGAAAAUGAUUUUUUCAUCAAGGGCAAGGCUAUGCUGGACUUGCAAUCGUUCACAGCAAUGAUCCACUUCAUGAUGCUGCGAUUGGCGCCAGGAUUUUCACGAAAGAUCGGUGUGGAUUUCGUGAGUUCCGGCCAUGCGCAAUAUUUCAAAGGUAUCAUAAAGGACAACAUGAAACAACGCCAAACUCAGAACAUCAUUCGGGACGAUAUGGUUCAUAUGUUGAUGGAAGUGCGAAAGGGAGCUUUGAAACACCUGAAGGACGAACAAGAGCUCAAAGACGACGGAUUCGCAACGGUGGAAGAAUCGAGUGUCGGCAAACAAUCCCAUUCCACGGAAUGGACCGAAAACGAGUUGAUCUCCCAAUGUUUUGCAUUUUUCUUCGCUGGAUUUGACACCACCUCUACUUGUUUGUCAUUCCUAACGUACGAACUCUGCAUCAAUCCCGAGAUCCAGCAAAAAUUGUUUGAGGAGAUCGAAGAAACUGAUCGGCAACUAAACGGCCAGCAGCUCACGUACGAAGUCCUGCAAAAGAUGAUCUACAUGGAUAUGGUCGUCUCCGAGGUUCUGCGCAAAUGGCCUCCAGCAGUAGUGGCCGAUCGUUACUGCGUCAAGGACUACACCUACCAAGACACCUCAGGCACCAGAUUUCUCAUCGAAAAAGGACGAUCGCUGUGGUUGCCGAUCGUCGCUAUUCACCAGGAUCCCAAAUACUACGCGGAGCCGGAAAAGUUCGAUCCGGAACGAUUCAACGCCCAGAAUAGGACCCGAAUUACGCCCGGAACUUAUUUGCCCUUCGGGAUAGGACCACGGAAUUGUAUCGGAUCCCGGCUGGCGCUGAUGGAAGUCAAGUCGAUCGUGUACUAUUUGCUGAAGGAUUUCAGCCUGGAGCCUACGUCGAAAACCGAAAUACCGUUGACCAUGUCGAAGAAGAUGUUUUCGGUCCUAGCCGAGAAUGGAGUUUGGCUCGAGUUCAAACCGAGAAGGCAGGCUUGAAACGAUGAUACGAAAAAUAAUGUCCUGUGGUUGAGUCGAUAAAAAACGUUGAUAAUCUAUAACCGAAAUAAACAAUUU